CCAAACGUUCAGUUACUGAUUGCUCGCUACGAGGAGCGCGUGUCGAACGAAACUCGGUGCCGGCAAGCGCGGACACAUACGAUAAAUCGAAUAUAAUCACUCAAACAAUCGGACUUUGAAAGGGUUUGAUGAACUAGUGAUACAGUUUUGCGGUGCUUGUGACGUCACCUUGGAUGACCGUGGAAUCGCGGAAUUACCUGAACAGAUAAAACACCGACAUCGGGUCUGAGACGUCAUUUGAAUAAGAUCAGAGAUGCUGACGCGGUGGGUGUUCCUGGCGCUGGCGGUGGCCAGCUGGCGCUCCGCGGCCGCCUGCACGUGCAUGCUGGAGCACCCGCAGACACACUACUGCAACAGCGACUUCGUGAUCGUCGGCAGGGUACAAAAGUUGUUCAAAGGCAACGGGUUCUACGACACGUACAAAAUGAAGAUUCGGAACGUGUUCAAAGCGACACAGAAGGCGCAAGUAGCGCUAAAGUCCGGUCGAAUACUAACGCCUACGCAAGACGGGCUGUGUGGAGUGACGCUGAAACCUAGAGAAACCUAUGUAAUAACAGGUCACGUGACCCACCUCCAGGCACACGUGAACUUAUGCGAGUACGUGAACAAAUGGCGCGAGGUGACCCCGCGCCAGCGGAAAGGGUUCCGCCAGCUUUACAAGCAGGGUUGCACGUGCAAGGUGAAGGCAAACGGCAGGGCAUGGCGGUCGAACUCACCCAACACCUGCUUCAUGCGCAACGACGAGUGCUACGAACGACACGGCAUCUGUCUCCACAAUCGCCAGCAGCAGUGCCAUUGGACCAGGGCCCCGGCUCUCACGAGAUGCCUCCAGAAGCAACAUUUUAACGGCACCAUGACUUGAUUCGCUUUUAUGUUGAGUAACGUUAGCCUACCGUUAAUACAAGUCAUGGAAAACAAAUGUUACACUUCUAUAUUGUUGCCUACUGUAAGAUAAGAUUAUUUAAUUACUGACUAAUAUUUUCUAUAACUACCAACCUACCUAGAAGCAGCUAUAACUAGUAACGUGUUAAAAUCAUUUUGACUAUUUGUACCUACGUCUAUUAACAACUCAACCCGCAUGCUGUCAACGUAAAAAUUAAAUCCUUGAAGGAUUAAAUAAGUUCAAUCGAAACCAUAUCCUUUCAAAACUUCUGGGAAAAGUCAAUAGUUUCUAAUAAAGCCUUAGAGAGUACUUCAAUAUAAGUAAUUAUUUUUAUAAAUGAAACAUCAUGAAACUUGUGAAAGAAAGCUUCAGGUGGUACUCGCAUUUGUGAAUUCCUUCAAUCCGUCUUAUUUUUCGCUUUGAGUAAAACGCCUCAGUUGUUUUGUAUUACAAAACAAGAAUUAGUGUAGGUGUAAGUAAGGCUAUUUUUAAAGAUAUUAUUUAUUUCUAAGCUAAUGAUUGUAAAUUAACAAAUCAUAGUGAUAUUGUUAGGUUUUAAAUAAAGAAUUUUA